CCAGGGACCGUCUGCCAAGUGCGCGGCGUAAGAGGCGGAGCCUCGCGGCUCUCGGGACCUGGCGACGGCGCUCUGUCAGCUGACCCAGGCUGGGACCAAACCCAGAAGCCUGGUCCCGCGGCGGAUCUCGACCUGGCGGCCCGCGCCAGGCUGAGUCACCAGGAGGGAGUUGUGGCCGCCGCUCCGGAGGCUUGGAGUGGGUGGAAUCCUCAAGCCAGGACGCUCCACGCCACAUUCUGCCCAGGACCAACCCUCGCCUGCUCUGCACGCCAGCGCCUUCUCCCACGCAGCCCUCGCAGGCGGGGGCCCCUCUCCCUGCAGCCAUGGUCCGGAGGAAACUGGGCCCUGGCAACUUCUCCAGCUGCCCCAAUGGAUCCAGCCAGUGGAUAUGGGAUGUGUUCGGCGAAUGUGCCCAGGACGCCUGGGACGAGGCCAGCGUGGGCCUGGGCUUGAUCUCCAUUUUCUGCUUUGCAGCAUCCACCUUCCCAAGAUGCGCAGCCCUAGGGCUCUCAGGCCAGAAGAGGGUGCCCCGUGGAAAUCCUCUGAAGGGCAGAGAAAGGAAGGAAGGAUGGGCUCCUGGGCGGCCUCCUGGCCAUUGCUGCCCCUGCCUCCCUGUACCACGCCAGUACAUCAAGGCCUGCAAGACCGGCAACAUGGACCAGGCCCUGUCCCUGUGGUUCCUCCUCGGCUGGAUUGGCGGAGAUUCCUGCAACCUCAUCGGCUCCUUUCUGGCUGACCAGCUGCCCCUGCAGACCUACACAGCUAUCUAUUACGUCCUGGCCGACCUGAUGAUGCUGACGCUGUACUUCCACUACAAGUUCAAGAAGCGGCCCUCUCUCUUAUCUGCGCCCAUCAAUUCUGUGCUCCUGUUCAUCUUGGGGACCGUGUGUACCAUGCCACUACUGAGGGGCACCAGCCCUGUGGCUGCCCAGAGGGAGGUCUUCCGGGGGAGGACACUCCUGUCUGUGGAGCCAGGCAAUAAGCCCUUCACGAAACAGGAGAUCAUUGGCUUUGUUAUCGGCUCCAUCUCCAGCGUGCUGUACCUGCUGUCCAGGCUGCCCCAGAUCCGCACCAACUUCCUGCGGAAGUCAACCCAGGGCAUCUCCUACUCGCUGUUCGCGCUGGUGAUGCUGGGGAACACGCUGUAUGGACUGAGUGUGCUGCUCAAAAACCCCGAGGUCGGCCAGAGCGAGGGUAGCUACCUGCUGCACCACCUGCCCUGGCUCGUGGGCAGCCUGGGCGUGCUGCUGCUUGACACUGUCAUCUCUGUCCAAUUCUUGAUGUACAGGAACCACCCCACCUCCUCAGAGCAUGAGCCCCUCCUCCCCAGCUGACCGGCACCUCAGAAGGACAGGGACCUCCAGGUGCCACGCCCAGGAAGUGAGAGGUGUUGCUGCCCCUGUAUUGGGCCCUGGUGACAGCCUGGGGGAGGCCUAGAGUUCCCGGCCCAACUGUCUCCCCACCAGAUUGACGGACUCUUCUAGAAGCAAGACAGUCCCGGGGCCGCCCAGCCACCCUGGAAACACACUUCCCGGGUCCAAGGCAGCUGUCCCAGGAAGCUUCAAGGAAGGGGCUGCGCAGAGAGCUCAGGGCUCAGAAGACAGCGCGUCGCCCCUCCAGCCACCUACCUCAUUCUGCCUGCACACUGGGGCCACAGCUGCAGCAGGUGGACCCGGGACAGUCCGGUUGACUCAAGAUGACCUAGUAAACGGUACUUCCCAGAA